CAGCCAGGGAAGAAGAGGCCAGCCGAAGACAUUCCAAUUCGCUUCUCAGUGUUGUUUCUACAUCACUUUCACUAAACCUUCAAGAUGACAACCAAGGACAAGCUGAUCACCCAUGUGUUGGCUGGUGAGCCUGUUGGCUCCCGGAGCAAGGUGACCGUUGUUGGCGUCGGCAUGGUUGGCAUGGCCUCCGCAGUCAGCGUCCUGCUCAAGGACCUGUGCGAUGAGCUGUGCCUGAUUGACGUGAUGGAAGAUAAACUGAAGGGUGAGGUCAUGGACCUGCAGCAUGGCAGCCUCUUCUGCAAGACUCACAAGAUCGUGGGCGACAAGGACUACAGUACGACUGCCCACUCUAAGGUGGUGGUGGUCACAGCCGGUGCUCGUCAGCAAGAGGGUGAGAGCCGUCUGAACCUGGUGAAGCGCAACGUUGACAUCUUCAAGUUCAUCAUCCCCCAGAUCGUCAAGUACAGCCCCAACGCCAUCCUGCUGGUCGUCUCCAAUCCUGUUGACAUCCUAACCUACGUGGCUUGGAAGCUGAGUGGUUUCCCCCGUCACCGCGUUAUCGGUUCCGGCACCAACCUGGACUCUGGUCGUUUCCGUCACCUGAUGGGCGAGAAGCUACACCUUCACCCAUCCAGCUGUCACGGCUGGAUCAUUGGAGAGCACGGAGACUCCAGCGUGCCUGUAUGGAGCGGUGUGAAUGUUGCCGGUGUUUCCCUGAAGGGCCUGAACCCAGACAUGGGCACAGACGCAGACAAGGAGGACUGGAAGCACAUCCACAAGAUGGUGGUCGACGGUGCCUACGAGGUCAUCAAGCUGAAGGGUUACACCUCCUGGGCUAUCGGCCUGUCCGUCGCUGACCUGGUUGAGAGCAUCCUGAAGAACCUCCACAAAGUCCACCCUGUGUCCACCAUGGUCAAGGGAAUGUACGGUGUGAAGGAGGAGGUGUUUCUCAGCGUGCCCUGCGUGCUGGGAAACAGCGGUCUGACCGACAUCAUCCACAUGACUCUGAAGCCCGAGGAGGAGAAGCAGCUGAACAACAGCGCCGAGACCCUAUGGGGCGUACAGAAAGAGCUCACCUUGUAAAGAGUCCUGUGUGCCCGUCUGUAACAUCCUCAACUCCCAAUCCCACCUUCUGUAUACCCGUCCUUGUUCUCCCCUAUAUUCUUACUAUUGAUGGUACAAAUGAAGCCUUUUAGGCAGAAAGUAAGACUAGGACCAGGUCUGAAGAAAGGCAGUGGGUUUGAACACACUGCCAAUUGCACUGUACCUGCUGUUUGUAUGUCAAUAACAAAAAGCGUUAUAAACAGAGAACUUAUUGGAAUCGUCUGGGCGCUCACAUAAAAAAAUUAAUCUGAUGGCACUUUCCAAUGUUGUGUUUUGGGUUGAAACCUGACCUGUAAGUAACUGAUGGUGACAAUCCUGCUCGUCGCCAGUGUUCUGUGCACCCUAAAUUGACUGCUCAGUUUUCCCACCGUUAAUGAUGAUUUCUUAAAAUCGGUCUCUGAAGCUUCAGUGGCCCAAACUCCGCUGCGAUGGUACUGCGAUAAAGGCCUAUAUAGUUAUUAUGAGCUGAACUGGAACUACGGCGCUGUACUGUGCUUGUCAAGGCAGCUGGAUGUACAUAUGAUCCGAUUUUCUUCACCACCAACCAAAUAAAACUACCAGGAUGAAACAA